CUAAAUUAAAAAAAUUAAAGAGAGGACAAUAAAAUAUUUACUCCAGGAAAACCCUUAUAGAGUAAUAACAAGAGCAAUAAAAGAAAUAAACCCCCUCAAUUGCUCUUUUAGAUAAGACCAAGGAAGGAAAGGACGAAUAUUGAAUAUUGUAGUCAAUAUGGGUUGAAGGAGCAUUUUAGGUGGGCCUUGCAUAAAAUGAAAUUAUAUUAUCAUAUUCCUAGAUGAAAGAUAAAAGAGGAAGUAUAAAACCGAGAGAGCAAGAUUGGCAAAAAAUAUAUAUGAAAAAGAUAGUGAAAGAACAGAAACCUAAGGAUAAAAGAUAAUAUGACUAAUUGAAAAUAUUAAAGAAAUAGACUAGACUCGAUUUGGGUGAAUUAUAAACAAUGAGAAUACCCCCUUCUAAUGGAGAUCAGACUUUAGUCAAAUAGAACAAAAGAGAAUGGAAAGAUUUUAAUAAAAGAUUUAAAAAAAAAUCCUUUAAUAGAAAUCCCUAAUAAGAAUUAAAUAGAAUAAAACUUUGAAU